AACCCAAAACCUUCUUCUGCUACGACGAUUCUGUGAUCCUGAUCCAGAAGAACCUGACCUGGGUGGAGGCGUUAUACUACUGCAGAGAUUACCAUGGCGACCUGGUCUCCAUCACCAACCUGGACCAGCAGCUCUGGGUCCAGGAGAGAGCCAAGAAGGCCUCCACUCCCUACGUGUGGCUGGGACUGCGCUACACCUGCACCCUGGACUUCUGGUUCUGGGUCAGUGACGAGACGGUCCCCUACACCAACUGGAACACCAGCGAGACUAUGGGGGACGACUGCAACAUGUGUGGAGCCAUGGACAGAGGGGGGGGGCACAAGUGGGUCAAAAAGAUCGACAACGAAAACCAGUUCAAUUUCAUCUGUUCCAAGAACUCACCACCACAAUAUUCUUUGAUCCUAUCAGAAGAACCUGACCUGGGUGGAGGCGUCAUACUACUGCAGAGAUUACCAUGGCGACCUGGUCUCCAUCACUUACCCGAACAAACCACCACAAUGUCAGUGGUCCUCCACUGGGGGUCAGCUGUGUGACUACCGCUUCAUUGGAGAGAAGAAGACCUGGAAAGAAGCCCAGAAGUACUGCAGAACGCACCACACUGACCUGGCCACCGUGUCUAAUGAGACAGACAUGAAGAGACUC